AUGGCUUUUUGGAGCCGUCAAAAGGAUUCCGAUUUCUUUGAAAUAGCUGAACUUAUCAUCAGUGGUGUUUUCCCCAUUGCUCUCAUUGUCGUUGGUACCAUUGGCAAUGUUUUAUCAGCUAUCAUCUUGCUCAAUAAACAAAAUCGACAAACAUCAACGAACAUAUAUUUGAUAUUUCUAUGCUGCGUCGAUACCCUUUCACUCUAUCAAUGGAAUUUACGUGAUGCUGCAUACGAGUUCACUGAUGGAAGACAACAAAUCAGUAAUCAAUCAGUAUUCUUAUGCAUAUGUCAGCAGUUUUUAGCGUUCUAUACUUUGCAUGCAUCGGCUAUGUUUCUUACUUUAGUUGCACUCGAUCGUGCUUGCCUUCUGUGGAGCCGUUGGUAUAAGCAGAAGAUAGCGCGAGCACGAGUUGCAGUCAUGAUUGGCAUUGUCAUAUUCAUACUCUUGUUUGGUAUCAAUGGAUUUCUAUUUGGAUUAGGAUAUGAAUAUAGUUAUUACGACAACACCACUGCCACAUAUGUCACAAUAGUGACAUGUUCGUCGUCAACGAAUCCCAACAUAACUCAGUUUUUCUACAAUGUGUAUCCAUGGAUUCAUCUGGUCAUUAUGUAUCUUCUUCCAUUCACUCUGAUGAUUUUUUGCACAAUAAUCAGUGCCCGAAAACUCAUCGUUCGACAAACAUCCGUUAAUCAACAAAUUACAACCAAUGCUCAACGAAAUCGUCGUAUUUCAAUCAUGCUAUUGCUCAUGUGUUUCACAUAUAUCAUACUUACCCUACCCAAUCGUCUUUGUUUUUCAGUCUUUGUAACUGAAUUAAUUGGUCAUGACUAUAGCGAUACGGUAUUUCUAUUAUCCAAUACAUUGAUGUACACGAGAAGUGCACUAAACGUGUUCUUUCUUUAUAUAUCGGUGUAUGGAUUUCAACGUGAUGUUCGUCGAUUAUUUUCUAAAUGUUAUGGGUGGACAGGUAAUCGAGUAGCUCCACGGCAAGGUAUUAUGGAAGAGCAAAUUGGGACCAUUAUUAGACUGUGA